CGCUUGAUCCCCUACGGCAGGAACAGCAACUUCACAGGCCGGAAAAAUAUCCUAGAAUCGGUGAAGAGACUUUCAGAACCUGCAUCACACAACCGAAUCGCGCUCUAUGGGUUAGGCGGUUCUGGGUGCGUAUAUCAAAUAUUUCAACACAUGAAGAAUUCACUAACGCCGCCUAGAAAAACUCAGAUUGCCCUAGAAUAUGUUCAUCAGCGCGCCAGCGAGAGUGGUUGUCAUGUCUUUUGGGUGGGAGGAAGUGGGCUAUCAAAAUUCAGCGAGGGCUUUAGGGAUGUUGCUCAGCUUGCUCAUAUUUAUCCAACCAACGCAGAGAAAGACCCAGAGGG